UGUUGAUGAGACACGGACAAGAUGACAGAGUUAAAGAAAGCUGGCCUCAUCUUCAUCAGUUUUUCACUGCUUCAAGGUUUUGUUGCAGCAUUAAACUGCUCCAGCCCAACUCCUGAAUCCUUGCUUCAUGCACUUGAGAAGGAACUGUUUCCUAAAAACAUACUGCGACCUGUAAAAAGAUUUUCAGAUUCAGUGAACGUAUCCAUGACUAUGACUGUGGUGGGAGUUUUAGGCGUGAAUGAAAAACAGCAAACGCUGACAAUAUUCAUAUGGCAAGUCCUGGAGUGGCAUAUAGAUGGACUGAGCUGGGAUGAAAAGGAAUGUGGAACUAAGAGAGUCUCUGUUCCUCGGGAAAAUAUUUGGGUCCCAGACAUCACCAUCACAGAGAUCAUUGACGAGGACAAAUCUCCCAAAUUUCCUUAUGUCUACUUACACAACACAGGUCUCGUAAUUGAUGAUAAGCCAGUCAGAGUGGUCAGCAGUUGCCAAUUAGUUAUCUACACUUUCCCCUUCGAUGUCCAAAACUGCACACUGACUUUUGCAUCAUUUCUACACUUUGCUACAGACAUAAAGAUGUUUCAAGGCACCACGGUUGCAGAGAUCCUGAAGGACUCCCUGAAAGUGAUGUACACCAGAGGGGAGUGGGAACUUAUAGAUAUCAAAGCAGCUCCAAAUACUCUGGACAUUUUUGAGGAAAGCUUCUCUGAGCUCAAAUACUAUCUCAUUUUAAGACGCAAUCCAAACCUCUAUAUCGUGAACCUCAUUAUACCCAGCACAUUCCUGAGCAUAGUGGACCUCUUCAGCUUCCUGCUGCCUCCCGAGGCUGUGGACCGGGCUGCCUUCAAAAUGACCCUCAUCCUGGGCUACACAGUUUUCCUGCUCAUGAUGAAUGACCUGCUGCCUGUCACUGGAAAUCAAACCCCUCUAUUGAAUGCUUACUUCUUGGUAAGUUUUGCUCUGAUGGUGAUCAGCCUGUUGGAGACAGUGUUUAUCAUGAAUAUCCAGUUCAGCUCCAGCAACUAUAGUCCUGUGCCUCCCUGGCUCAGUGUCCUCGUGUUACGAUAUAUAGCUAUUGCUGUUUGUCUCCCUCCACAAAAGAAGAGUAACCGCAUCACAGUCUCCCUUCAACCACCUUCUGGAGCAAUGAAAACCUCUUCAAGAGAUCUUCAGAGCAUUUCUGGUAAUACACCUCCAGUGAAACCCCCUCCAGAGCCAGCACUGGAUGAACUGAGGAAGCUGAGCACAGAUCUCAUGGCCAUCCGCCAGAACAUUGACAAUCACUUCCUGGGGAGCAAAACCUCACAGGAAUGGCAUUUGAUUGGGAUAGUUAUUGACCGUCUGCUGUUCGGCUUGUACAUUAUCUUCAUCUUCAUCAGCUUUACCACCAUCUUAGUUCUAUGGUAUUCUUCAUAUUAAUAACUCAACAGGCCUCUACAUGCCUCUGUAAGUGGUUAAAUGGUUAUCUGUGUGUGAUUGCACCAUAAAUGCAUGAUAACUUACUGAAGUAUAGGAAAAGACAGGAAAAUCCUGUCAGAUGAGAUAUAUAAUACCUUUAGCAUGUUCUGAGUCUAUCACAAGGUCUCCUACCAGUUAGAUGUGACCACCACCAUAUUCACUGUAGACUGAAGAAGUGAUCAAAACAAUGACCAUAUGGGACACAACAGACAAA